AUGGUAGCCAUCACUCCACUAGCCGAAAACCAUGUCACUGAAGAGGCUACCGAGAAGACCGACGGUGCGGUUCGUGCUGCAGCGGAAGAAGCAGGAGAAGUUGACGAUAGUGAAGAUACAUCCGGCUACUUUGAUGGCUGGGCCCUGUGGAACCUGGGAAUGGCCCUGAUGGGCGGCGCCUUUGUGUUGUCUCUCGAUAACACCAUCUUGGCAACGGCCAUACCUCGCAUCACCAGCGAGUUCAACAGCCUCAACGACAUUGGCUGGUACGCCGCCAGCUACAAACUAACGCAGAUGGCCCUCCUCCCUACCUGCGGUCGCAUUUAUACUUUCUACGACAUCCGGUGGUCCUACAUUGUCCUGCUGCUCAUCUUCGAGCUGGGCUCCAUCAUCUGUGCCGUAGCCCGGAACUCGACGACACUCAUCAUCGGACGCGCCGUAGCAGGCGUGGGAGCGGCAGGCUUGAUGAGCGGAGCUGCCAUCAUUAUUUCGCUCACGGUGCCGCUGAGGAAACGCCCGGUGCUGAUGGGGCUGAUCUCCAUCAUUUACGGCGUCGCUUCCGUGCUGGGACCCAUCAUCGGGGGUGCUAUUACGGACAAUGACACUCUGACUUGGCGCUUUUGCUUCUGGGUCAAUCUUCCAUUUGGAGCGAUCGGGCUGGCUCAGAUAUGGUUCGCUCUGCGGCCUCCUCCGGCGCCUGUCAAAGGAGGGCUGCCUUUUAAACAAAAGAUAAACCAGCUCGAUCUUCUCGGCGCUACUGUCUUAAUCGGCUCGGUGAUCUGCCUCUCGCUCGCUUUGCAGUGGGGAGGCAUCGUCUACCCGUGGUCGGACUCGAAGGUGUACGGCUGCUUGAUCGGAUUUGGCUUGACCCUGAUCCUGUUCCUCAUCAUGCAAAUGAAGAAUCCGAACAGCCGAACCACCUAUUACUGGCCUAUCUACUUCCAGUCGGUCAAGAACACCAGCGCCAAGGACUCCGGGAUCAACAUGCUUCCCUUUGCCAUCUCCACCAUGCUUGCAACUUUUGUCGCUGGUUGGAUUAUCUCCAAGGUGGGAUACUACGUACCCUUCAUGUGGAUUGGUGCUCCUGUCCUUGCCGCCGGCGCCGGACUCUUCCGGCUUCUGCACGCGGACAGCCCCGCGUCGAGCUGGGCAGGAUACCAGAUUGUCAGUGCCAUUGGCUAUGGCAUCUGCGGCCAGGUACCGAUCUUGGCGGUGCAGGUAGUAGUCCACAAGGAAGACGUCCCGACUGCCUGCGUUCUUGUCAUUUUCUUCGAGUGCCUCGGGGCUACCGUGGGGCCCAGCAUCGCCCAGAACCUCUUCACGGACAGCCUUUUGAAGACGCUGCAGGGAAUUGACGGCCUGGACGGCGCGGCAGUGGUGGCGGCGGGCGCUAGAGAAUUCCGGCGAUUGAUACCCCCGGAGCUGCUGGGCCAGGUGGUGGGUGCAUUCGAGGACGCUCUGUGGACCACAUUUCUGCUGGCCCUGGCAAGUUCCGCUGCUGCUCUAGUCGUCAGUGCGGCCAUGGAGUGGCGUAGACUGCCCGAAGCCAAGAGCGUGGGCGAAGCAAGAAGUGAACCCUCGUAG